ACAAGGGUAGAGAGGGAAAGAGGAACAGAAAGUGAAGACUUGUCAAGAUGUCUGGGUGAGGGGGACCAGAACUGAGCAAAAGCCAGACGUCUAAAAAGAAACAACAGAAGUUUUAGCAGCUGAGUGGAUCAGACAGGAGGGGGAGACCUGACCUGCCAUUUCACAAGUGCCUGUGGGAUACACGGAAGUUGAACCACCUCUCUACAACUGGAUUAAACCAAACCUAACGCCAAAGGGCAAGAGGACAGGGAAGGACAAAGAACAAGAAAACGGAAUAAACAAACUUGACUGAUUCACAGCUUUCAUCAAGAUCAGAAUCAUCACAGCCCGUGCCAUUUCAGAGAAAACUAUCUCAUAAACAGGUUUUCUUUUAGUCUCUUGGAUUUGUUUAAAAAAAAUGCUUUGGCCUUUUAACUGUUUCAUGGAACACUUAAAGUGAGGAGACAUACAUGAAGUCACCCUACAUGCUUCCAGUGUUUCCUACUAACAUAAACAACACAAGCCUGAGCACAUACACAAACUUCAUACACUCAUCAGAUAGAAAGCUGUGUCUCGGGGCAACUAUCUAAACUUCAAUCAUCAACAGCGGGAGACACGAGCACAUGAAAGCACUGAAGCUGACCUGAGAGUAAAACUUCAUAUCUUACAACUUUAAAGAGGCAACCAGAUAACAUAAAAGAUCUUUUAACUUAAAUUAAAAGCAAAUCUUUUUUUUUUUUGUGUCUCCAGCAAUAUGUGCAUUUACUGUCCUAUAAACUUCACAAACCUCUAAAGGCUUAAUUGAGACUUUACAACUGCCAGACAGACCCAAUUAAAAGGAGUCACAGCCCCGUGUCCUAAAGCCAUGGAUGGGAAAACAGACAGCGUCCAGGAUUUUUUUAACCAACUUUGGAGCUUUGCAACAGACAAACACAACCAGGGAGUCUACAACACAGUCUGCCUAGUGGUCCUCCUAACUCUACCCUUGCUGGUCCUCCUCACCACUUUGGUGGUGUGCUGCCACUGCUGCUGCUGUCGCCAUGCCAACAGCUGCUGUUGCUGCUGCUGCUGCUGCAGAGACACCAUGGCAACCGAAACAAAGAAGAAAAAAAAUUCUGCCAAUACGGAAGACUUGUGGAUCUCAGUGAAGACGGGGCCGAUGACACCUGACAGGGUCGCCCUGGCCAUGGUGUAGGGACCUCUUAAAAAGGGACCUAAAAAGAAUAUUGCUUAUCUUGGGGUCAGUGGAUGCAGUGGAGCUAAUGAAGUGUUUCAAAGGGGCAAAAAGCUUUGACUCAAAGCUCUGACUACCUUGGAUUCAAAUGAAGCUUAAGGAAAUGUUCAGACUAAUGGGAAGAACUUCACAUUGUAUUGGGGACAGAUUGUACAGUGUACAGAUUCUUGUCAUUUUGUAUUCAUGUAAUAUGUGGGGGUUGUAUGACAAUGUUUACAACAUUUUGUAUGAAUGUGUGUGGUACAUAAAGGAAGAACUAUGCUAGCAACAAGCCUAUACAUACCUGCAAACUGUGUGUGUAUGUGUGUGCCUGUGGGAGUAGGUUAGAGAGUGUGUGUAUGUG